AGAGGACCCAGAAGGGCAAGUGAGCCAGGACGAGUCGUCUUGCUCACGGAUGAACGCGCAGAUGCGAAGGAAACAAUCGCCAUCGACACCAGCCCCACUCUCGGUGCAGCUUCUCACCUGGAGAAUGUCGAUCCCGGCGUUUGGUCGGAAUCCUUCUCUCCGAGAGAGUCUACCAAAGCCACGGAGGCAAUAGCGAAUGGCACAUCUGAGGCCUUGCCAACCAUGCAAGUGAUCGGUCUGCUUUAUUACAGCAUUAUGCGUGAUUGGGAGCUUGGCCUACUCUGCCUUGCUGCCUGGGUCGAGCUCAACCGGUCUCUCUUUCGCACUAAGGCCAGACAAUUGACCUAG